AUGAAUUCUUCACCGCCAUCGACUCCACCUCCAACUUCCACGCACGACAACGAGCCAAGAUUCAAACCAAUAUCAUUGCCGUGUGAGUGGAUUGAAGACUAUCGACCAGGUGGCUAUCACCCAGUGGCUCUCGGUGAUCUGUUCGAUAACGGGCAGUAUAAAGUUAUACGCAAGCUGGGCGAGGGCUCGUACUCGACUGUGUGGCUGGCGCGAGAUGUACGACAGAAAAAUUAUGUUGCGCUGAAGAUACUCGUCUCUGAAAUCUCACGGCCGACCAAUGAGGAGCGAGUCUUGGACUACAUUGCCACUCAGGCAUCGCCAGAAGGCGAACGGCGCAUCACGCGACUCCUGGCAGAGUUUGAACAUAAGGGGCCCAAUGGAACACAUACAUGUUUCAUCUUUGAGCCUAUGGGACCAAGUGUGAAUACCAUGGUCGAAGAACUUCCCCAGUUCAACCCUCGCAAGUUCGAGAUGAAAGUCCGUUACCCGCCCAAGAUGGCAAAUGGUAUUCUAAAGCAAGCUUUGCAAGCUUUGGCAUAUCUCCAUUCUAUUGGUGUUGCCCACGGAGAUUUCCAACCGGGAAACAUGCUGUUUAGGCUUGGGGACAUUGACUCAGUAUCAGAGCAGACGCUCCAGCAGAAACAAGACGCAGAAGCAAGGCUGAUUUCCCGCCCUGUGGAAAGACUGGACGGCAAAAAGGACUUGUGGGCACCGCCAUAUCUGUGUAUCCCGCAGCCUUUGGCACCAUUCACUCCUUACGAAAACGGAUGCAAGAUUAAGUUGUCCGAUAUGGGCGGAGCCUACUUCUUGUCGGAGAAACCAAGCAAGAUCAUUACGCCGCUUGGAUUGCGAGCUCCGGAAUUGAUCUUCGCCGGGGAAAUGGGCGCCUCUCUUGAUGUCUGGAGUUUCGGCUGCCUUGUUUUCGAACUCAUCACGGGCCAACCUCUUUUCUGCGUGCUCGGCUCAAAAUGGGAAGAUGACGACCACAUCAUGAGGUUGACUGCUCGACUCGGUGCCUUGCCUGACACGUAUGCGAAGGCUUGGAAGACGUACUCGUGCUAUUUCAAGCCGGAUGGAUCACUCUUCAAUUGUAUGCUUGGCGGUGUGCCGGAGUGCGGCGAGCCGUUGAUACUACCCCGACCAACCAUGGAAGACGCCUUUGACAAGGCGGAACCUGAGAUCGACAAGGAUGAGGGCCGAAAAGUGAAGGAAUUAAUACGCUGGAUUUUACAAUACGAUCCUGCAGAGAGGCCUACUGCGGCCGAGAUUUUACAGCAUCCGUGGUUUCGUGAGAUUGAAACGGAUUAA